GUCGGAUGCCCUGAUUGGGUGGGCAGCGGAGCGUUUCUCUCAGGCCUGCUUUCUGCUGUACGAGCAAAUGCACCCGGACGACCCCUUCGGACGCGUCAUGAGGCGGCAUUUUACCCAGCUGAACUCGCCGCUGCGCUCGUUGGCUCAAUACCCUGAUGGGGAGGCACAGCAGAGGCGCUUUGUUGAGAGGGGCUGGACCGAGUGCCACGUCAUGGACAUGAAUGAGUUUUUCACCCGUUGUAUUCCAGAGGAUGAGCAGCAAAGAGUGCAGGCUCUGGAGCCCUUCGAUGAGUACGAG